AUGUGCUCGUGGCUGGGCAGCUCCCCCAGGUCCCCCAGGGCGGCCACUGCCGGCUUCUUUCGCAGCAUCUUCGUCGCCACCCGCUUGACGUCUUCUGCGCUCACCUUGCCUGUGGGAAAGGGAACCCAAGGCCACCAGCAGCUCAUUGGCUGCUCUGGGUGCGGCGGCGGCGGUGAUUGGCGGGAGGACGGUCGGGGGCGGAACAGGCGGAGCUUCCUCGGAAAGGGCGCGCGGGGAGGUCCCGCCUUCAGUUCCGGAAUCACUCCGGCGAGGAAAAAACCUUCGCGGUUCGGCGGCGGAGGGGCCCGGAUGCAGGGGGACGGCCGCGUCCGGCGGAGGAAGGAGGCGAAGCCGAGCGGAGAGGAGGGAGCCCGCAGAGGAGCCCCCCGGUCCGGGCCGCGGCGGCGGGAAAGGUGUGGACCCGGUGGAACUGCCGAAGGGCCGCCCAACGAGAUGAUCCAGAGCGAGGAGGGACCCCCUGGAAGGAGGGGGCCCGGGAAGCGAUGCGGGACGGCGGAGGGCGUCGGAAUAGGCGGGGAAAAUCACCCAGGAGAGAAGCCCUAUAAAUGCCUGGAGUGUGAAAAGAGCUUCAGUGUGAGGGGAAGCCUCAAUAAACAUCAAAGAAUCCAUUCAGGAGAGAAGCCCUAUAAAUGCCUGGACUGUGGAAAAAGCUUCAAUCAGAUAGGAAAUCUCAGGAUACAUCAAAGAAUUCACACAGGAGAAAAACCCUACAAAUGCCUGCAGUGUGGAAAGAGUUUCAGAGCAGGAGGAUAUCUCAGUCAACAUCAAAAUAUUCACACGGGAGAAAAACCGUAUAAAUGCCUGGAGUGUGGAAGGAGCUUCAGUGACAGGGGAAGCCUUAAUAAACAUCAAAGAAUUCAUUCAGGAGAGAAACCCUAUAAAUGCCUGGAAUGUGGAAAAAGUUUCAAUCAGAUAGGAAACCUCAAAAUACAUCAAAGAAUUCACACGGGAGAAAAACCCUUCCAAUGCCUGGAGUGUGGAAAGAGUUUCAGAUCGAGAGGACAUCUCAAGAUACAUCAAAAAAUUCACACGGGAGAAAAACCCUAUAAAUGUCUGCAGUGUGGAAAGAGUUUCGGUCUUAGUUUCAGCCUUAAUACACAUCAAAGAAUCCAUUCAGGAGAGAAACCCUAUAACUGCCUGGAAUGUGGAAAAAGUUUCAGUCAGAUAGGAAAUCUCACAAUACAUCAAAGAAUUCACACAGGAGAAAAACCCUAUAAAUGCCUGGAGUGCGGAAGGAGCUUCAGUCAGAGUGGAAGCCUUGAUAAACAUCUAAGAAUCCAUUUAGGAGAGAGACCAUAUAAAUGCUUGGAGUGUGGAAAGAGUUUCAGAUCGAGAGGAGAUCUCAGGAAACAUCAAAGAAUUCACACAGGAGAAAAGCCCUAUAAAUGCCUGGAGUGUGGAAUCGGCUUCAGUUGCAGUGGAAGCCUUUGUACGCAUCAAAGGAUCCAUUCAGGGGAGAAACCGUAUAAAUGCCUGGAGUGCGGAAAGAGCUUUACUCAGACUGGACAGCUCAGGGUACAUCAAACAGUUCACACAGGAGAAAAACCCUAUAAAUGCCUGGUGUGCGGAAGGAGCUUCAGUGUGAGGGGAAGCCUUUAUUACCAUCAAAGAAUCCAUUCAGGGGAGAAAUCAUAUAAAUGCCUGGAGUGUGGAAAAAGUUUCCAUUGGGUAGGAUAUCUCAGGAUACAUCAAAGAAUUCACACGGGAGAAAAGCCCUAUAAAUGCCUGGAGUGUGGAAAGAGUUUCAGAUCGAGAGGAGAUCUCAGGAAACAUCAAAGAAUUCACACAGGAGAAAAGCCCUAUAAAUGCCUGGAGUGUGGAAUCGGCUUCAGUUGCAGUGGAAGCCUUUGUACGCAUCAAAGGAUCCAUUCAGGGGAGAAACCGUAUAAAUGCCUGGAGUGCGGAAAGAGCUUUACUCAGACUGGACAGCUCAGGGUACAUCAAACAGUUCACACAGGAGAAAAACCCUAUAAAUACCUGGCGUGCGGAAGGAGCUUCAGUCACAAUGUGGGUCUCAGUAAACAUUAUAAACUUCACACAGAGAAAAAAGUUUAUAAAUGCACAGAGUGUAAAAAAUCCUUCAAAAGAAAUGGAAAUCUCCAAAACCAUAUUAGAAUCCACACAGGAGAGAAACCAUGGCAAGCCCAAGAACAGAUCAGCAAGCCCACCGAGAACACGGUCCUGAGCCGUGAAGGCUUUCUAGAUGAUCACCAAUACCCUCAGUUGUGCCUAGAAGCUUAUAGGAAGCCAGCAGAGCUCACGAAUUUAGCCAUCCCGCUGCCCCCCUUGCUGGCAAAUAAGAAGAGGAUGGUUGCAGCUCGGCUGCGCCCAAACGAAAGCGUCUCCGGCAUUCUCCACUUCUUCCUGCGGGUAGCAGAUGAGGGCGGAAGGAUCGACGCACAGCCUUUUCAGCUUCGCUUCGGCACUCAGCAGCUGUCCCUCCUUCUGGAAGAGCUGAAGCUGCAGUUCGUCACAACGCUCCCCGAGGUCCCGGAUCUGCUUCCGGAAAAUAAGGAAAGAAAAAGUUUCAGUCAGAGAGAACAUCUUAGGAGACAUCAAAGAAUUCACGUGGGAGAAAAACCCUAUCAAUGCCUGGAGUGUGGGAGGACCUUCUUUGAGAGGGGAAGCCUUUAUAGACAUCAAAGGAUCCAUUCAGGGGAGAAACCCUAUCAAUGCCUGGAGUGUGGGAGGACCUUCUUUGAGAGGGGAAGCCUUUAUAGACAUCAAAGGAUCCAUUCAGGGGAGAAACCCUAUCAAUGCCUGGAGUGUGGGAGGAGCUUCAGUCUGAGGCGAAGCCUUUAUAGACAUCAAAGGAUCCAUUCAGGGGAGAAACCCUAUCAAUGCCUGGACUGUGGGAGGAGCUUCAGUCUGAGGCGAAGCCUUUAUAGACAUCAAAGGAUCCAUUCAGGGGAGAAACCCUAUCAAUGCCUGGAGUGUGGAAAGAGUUUCAGAUCGAGAGGACAUCUCAAGAUACAUCAAAAAAUUCACACGGGAGAAAAACCCUAUAAAUGUCUGCAGUGUGGAAAGAGUUUCGGUCUUAGUUUCAGCCUUAAUACACAUCAAAGAAUCCAUUCAGGAGAGAAACCCUAUAACUGCCUGGAAUGUGGAAAAAGUUUCAGUCAGAUAGGAAAUCUCACAAUACAUCAAAGAAUUCACACAGGAGAAAAACCCUAUAAAUGCCUGGAGUGCGGAAGGAGCUUCAGUCAGAGUGGAAGCCUUGAUAAACAUCUAAGAAUCCAUUUAGGAGAGAGACCAUAUAAAUGCUUGGAGUGUGGAAAGAGUUUCAGAUCGAGAGGAGAUCUCAGGAAACAUCAAAGAAUUCACACAGGAGAAAAGCCCUAUAAAUGCCUGGAGUGUGGAAUCGGCUUCAGUUGCAGUGGAAGCCUUUGUACGCAUCAAAGGAUCCAUUCAGGGGAGAAACCGUAUAAAUGCCUGGAGUGCGGAAAGAGCUUUACUCAGACUGGACAGCUCAGGGUACAUCAAACAGUUCACACAGGAGAAAAACCCUAUAAAUGCCUGGUGUGCGGAAGGAGCUUCAGUGUGAGGGGAAGCCUUUAUUACCAUCAAAGAAUCCAUUCAGGGGAGAAAUCAUAUAAAUGCCUGGAGUGUGGAAAAAGUUUCCAUUGGGUAGGAUAUCUCAGGAUACAUCAAAGAAUUCACACGGGAGAAAAGCCCUAUAAAUGCCUGGAGUGUGGAAAGAGUUUCAGAUCGAGAGGAGAUCUCAGGAAACAUCAAAGAAUUCACACAGGAGAAAAGCCCUAUAAAUGCCUGGAGUGUGGAAUCGGCUUCAGUUGCAGUGGAAGCCUUUGUACGCAUCAAAGGAUCCAUUCAGGGGAGAAACCGUAUAAAUGCCUGGAGUGCGGAAAGAGCUUUACUCAGACUGGACAGCUCAGGGUACAUCAAACAGUUCACACAGGAGAAAAACCCUAUAAAUACCUGGCGUGCGGAAGGAGCUUCAGUCACAAUGUGGGUCUCAGUAAACAUUAUAAACUUCACACAGAGAAAAAAGUUUAUAAAUGUACAGAGUGUAAAAAAUCCUUCAAAAGAAAUGGAAAUCUCCAAAACCAUAUUAGAAUCCACACAGGAGAGAAACCAUAGAAAUGGACAGAGCGUGGCUAAAAUCUCCAGUAACCAGCAAAGUCAGUGCAGUCCUGGAUGCUGAGAAACUCAUUGACUAUUUAUACACAGACACUUUUUACAAUCUAAUACAAAUAAAUCUAUUAAGGCACAGGUGUGCAUACUUACCCUUCAUAGCCAUCUCAACGUGUGUGUGUCAACUUGAGUGUAUGCUGUAUUAUCAGCCCAAACAAUCAAGGGUAUGCCAACUUCUGAA